GUCUUUGUUUACUCAAUACACCUUGCACUUGGCUUGCUUGCAAAACUUUUAGUCUUCAAUUAUGUUUCAGUCUAAUAUCCAAACACGUUUAACAAAACGAUUCACCAAAACCUAAUUUAUGUGAACUUAAACGUGUGCACAUCCCCUGAAAAUUCGUGCAUCAAAUAGAAAGUAUCGAACUGAAAUUGUAUUUCAGUUAUCAUGAGCCUCUGAAAAUUAGCGGGCUCCUGGGCUCCACCGCCGUUGCCAAGGCACCCGUGUACGAGCCGCGGCGGCGGAGACGCGCUGCCGCGUCUGUACAGUACUGCUAGACAUGGCGGCGGACCUGCACCCCGAGUGGAUAUCCUGCCUCCCCCCUUACUGGAGUUACGGGGUAACGCGGGAUGGACGCGUCUUCUUCGUAAACGAAGAAGCCAAGAGUACAACCUGGCUGCAUCCAGUGAGCGGCGAGGCGGUGAUCACCGGCCACAGGAAAACUCCAGACCUACCGACGGGGUGGGAAGAAGGAUUCACUUUCGAGGGAGCACGAUGUUUCAUCAACCACAAUGAGCGGAAGGUGACCUGCAAACAUCCCGUCUCCGGCAUCCCAUCACAAGACAACUGCAUCUUUGUUGUCAACGAACAAUCAGCCCAAACAGCCCCAGCCAAUGAGAAGAAGGACCGAUUCCUGAGCGACAUGAGUGAGGCCUCCAACUACACGGGCGCCUCUGACUAUGCCACGCAUCAGAACAGCCCAGCGGGAAGACCUUCCAGACCCUCGAAGAAAGUUCAUAACUUUGGGAAGCGUUCCAAUUCUAUCAGAAGGAACCCAGGUGCCCCGGUUAUCAGGAGCAACUGGCUGUAUAAACAGGACAGCACUGGGAUGAAGCUGUGGAAGAAAAGGUGGUUUGUGCUGUCGGACCUGUGCCUGUUUUACUACCGAGAUGAGAAAGAAGAGGGGAUACUGGGCAGCAUCCUCCUGCCCAGUUUCCAUGUUUCCAUGCUCUCUGUGGACGACCACAUUAACAGGAAAUACGCCUUCAAGGCGACUCACCCCAACAUGCGGACGUACUACUUCUGCACAGACACGCCCAAAGAGAUGGAGGCGUGGAUGAGGGCUAUGACCGAGGCGGCACUCGUCCACUCCGAGCCCGUCAAAAGGCUGGAGAGGCUGAAGGUGGAGCAGUGCGGGCCGCAGGACAUCCACCACCUGACCCCCGACGCCCAGCGGCCGCCGCUGACGCGCCCCGAGAUCCAGAACAACGAGCGCAACCGCGAGGCGGACCGGGCGCACCCCGCCGCCACCACCCCCACGCCUGAGGAGCAGGAGCGGAGGCAGCGGGAGGCGGAGCGCUACGGCUUCCAGAACAACAACGGCGGCGAGAACCAGCGGCCGCUCACCAAGAUCAACAGCCUCAAGCUGCAGCCGGCCCAGGCCGCCGCCCUCACCGCCGGCAUCGCCACGCACCCGCGCACGCCCACGCCCACGGAGACGGACGGCCCGUACCGCGGCGCCACGCCCCAGGUGAACGGCGGCGGGGGGCCCGGGAACGUCAGCCCCGGCGGGGACGGCUCGGCCGUGCCCACGCCGAGGCCAGAGGGGCAGGGGCAGGGGCCGGAGCGCUCCCUGAGCAGGACCAGCUCCAUGCUGCAGCUGGAGCAGUGGGUCCGCACACAGAGGGGCCGCGGCCAGGACGAGGACACCCGCAGCAUCACCUCCUACCAAACCCUACCCAGGAACAUGCCCAGCUACCGCGCCCCGGCAGGCACGCCCCAGCCCGGCGAGGGCUACCGCACCAUGCCCAGGAACGGCCUGGGUCAGCGGGACAGCAUCUGCAGCAUGUCCCCCUCCAUGUACGAGCAGGCCCUGGGGCCCGGACCCGGGGACAAGCGGCGCUCCAUGCGGGACGACACCAUGUGGCAGCUGUUUGAGUGGCAGCAGAGGAACGCCUACGCCCGGCCGCCCUCGGCCAUGUACGCCAACAUGCCCAGCCCCAAGACCAUGAUCAACCUGUCGGAGCAUGCCCCGCCCGCCCACGCCAUCCCGCCCUCGCCGUCCCACGGCUCGCUGGCCAUGUACGGCGGCUACUCCCCGCUGCGCUCCUACAACAUGGGCGGCGCCCGCUCCGAGGUGUCCUCCCCCGUGUACCGCGGCGGGGACAUGAGCAUGGACCGCCGGCUCCGGCAGCACCCCAACAACUACGCCUACACACUCCACCCUGACAGGAGAUCCAUGCCUUCAGGACUGCCGGUUCAGAUUAUCACUGCCCAGUCGCUACAAGGCAAAACGCCGGAGGAGCUGACUCUGCUGCUGAUAAAGCUGCGACGGCAGCAAGCGGAGCUUAACAGCAUCCGGGAGCACACUGUAGCGCAGCUUAUGCAACUAAACAUUGACGGUGACACCCCAAAGAACGACAUUCUCUCGCAUCACCUCCAAAGGAACCUCAUGUAUUUGGACAACCAGAUGAAGGACAAUGAGCCUUUAAUCGCCAUGACACACAGUUUGAUUGAGAACUCAGCCGCAAGGCCUCAACUUUACCACCAACUGAGUCCAGACGACUACAGGGCUCACUCGUACAUGAGCAGGCAGGAAGAGGCUGACGUUGAUACCAAGCUCAGCCGCCUGUGUGAGCAGGACAAGGUGGUGAGGGCCCAGGGGAGCAAAGUACAGCAGCUGCACCGCGAGAAGCACACCCUGGAGACGGCGCUGCUGUCAGCCAGUCAGGAGAUCGAGCUGGGCUCCGGUAACCCCGCCGCCAUGCAGAGCGUGAUCCAGCAGAGGGAUCUGCUGCAGAGCGGCUUGCUCAGCACCUGCAGGGAGCUCACCAGGGUCUCUGCGGAGAUGGAGCGGUCGUGGAGGGACUACGACAGGCUGGAGGGAGACGUGAACGCCGCCCGGACCAACCUCCUGGAGCAGCUGGAGGCCCUGGGGAGCCCGCAGACGGAGCCUCCCAGUCAGCAGCACGUCAACAUCCAGAAGGAGCUGUGGCGGAUCCAGGAUGUGAUGGAGGCCCUCAGUAAACACCGGCCCCAGAGGCCCGGGCCCGACGGCUGCUACGGCUCCGUGCCCAUGACCGAGGGACCAGACUACCGGCUGUACAAGAGCGAGCCGGAGCUCACCACGGUGGCCGAGGUGGACGAGAGCAACGGAGAGGACCGGUCGGGAGGAGACCACCUGGGGGAGAGGGAGUCCUCCGCCAGCAGAGGGGUCUGCUACCCAGUGGGCAUCGUACCCCCGAGAACCAAGUCUCCGAUGAUGGACUCCUCCUCCAUAGGGUCCUAUGUCACCCUGAGGAAGAGCAGGAGGCCCGAAUCCAGAAACGACCGUCCCCGCAGCGCCGCGGACCAGCUGGCCGGGUCGGAGAGCGCCCGUCCCAGGAUGAGCGUGGAGGAGCAGCUGGAGCGGAUCCGGCGCCACCAGCAGGGGGCGCUCCGGGAGAAGAAGAAGGGGGGUCGCAGCGUGCUGGGCGGGGGCCAGGAGAACACGCCCAGCCGCAGCCCCUCCUUCACCAGGGAGACCCCGCCCCGCAGCACUCAGCUCCAGAGCCGGCGCAGGGAGGACGUGAUGGGCAACGACAUCCUGGAGCUGGAGAACUCUCUGAGGAUGCAGGACGUGGUCCGGGACCAGGAGACGCCCGCCCAGGAGAUCGCCCGCCUGAAGGAGGCCUCGCAGCACUUCAACAUGGACCGAGAGCUGUCGGUGCCUGACAAGGUGGUGAUCCCGGAGCGCUACGUGGAGUCGGACCCGGAGGACGCCCCGAGCCCGGAGCAGGAGGCUGACAAGCAGAGGAAGGUGGACCGCAUCAAAGCCCUGAUAGCCAGGAACAGCAUGCAGAACGCUCCACCCAACAUGCCGGUGAGUCCGGAGCAGGAGGCUGAGGUGGAGGCAGAGGUGCAGGAGAAGGAGAAGAUGAUCAACAUCUCCUACGAGCUGGCUGCAGAGGCCUCCAAACGCAGCAAGCUGGUUGCAGUGAAAAGCCUGUCGUCAUCCACCCCAGUCCAUCCACCACUGUCACCUAACACUCCGCUCCCAGACGGGACUCAUUUCAUGUGUGUCUAGUGUCCCCACCCAGGCUCUGGCCUCUGUGAAGACUUCCACUUGAAGAUCAGACAUGGCCGGCCUAUGAACACGACCGCCUGGCCAUGAAGGUCUCUUCCCCCCCCCCCCCCCCACACACACACACACACACUCACACCCAAAUCUCCUCCCCACCUUCUUGGACAGCACAUCGCCAGGGCGGACGCUUACACAAUCAUCCAACACCAUUGGGUCGGGGCCAUCCCGCCCAGCUCCCCCCAAUGGCUCACUGUGACCUGGCCUAGCUGCGCCCCCCCCCCCACCCCCCCACACACACACACACACCACUCCCUCUGUGAUACUGCUGCGGUCCUCAGCAGAAACCUUUCUCAUGAACACUUAUCCCACCUGGUGGUGGCGAAUAACACAAGGCCAAUAGACUCAGUUUUUGUGGUGGUUCUUUGUCUUUUUAUUUAUAGGCUUGCCAAUUUUUCCUUUUUUAUUGUUUUUUAGUUGAGAGAGAGAGAGAGAGAGUGUGUGUGUGUGUGUGUGUGUGUGUGUGUGUGUGUGUGUGUGUGUGUGUGUGUGUGUGUGUGUGUGUGUGUGUGUGUGUGUGUGUGUGUGUGUGUGUGUGUGUGUGUGUGUGUGUGUGUGUGAGACACCAUGGUGUGAGCAUACGGACCCUGUAUAAACCUACAGUACCAUGGUCACACCGUAACUUUAUUUAAAAUUGGAACAGACCAAGCCAAAUGUUUUUACAUAACCUGUUUUUACAGAUGCUUUUAUUUUAGUUCAGUGCUUGCUUUAAAAAAAAAAAAAAAAAAGAGCCUGCUUUUUAGUUUCCCACAAGGUAAGUAAAACCAAAUGAUCACACAUUGAACCGGUUUUUAGAAGGGAAAACCUUUGUUUUAUUUGAGGCUAUUAAUCCUUCUUUCAAAGAGGUGACAUCUUGCUGUGUUUUUGUUUUCAGCUUAUUUCGCGGUUUUUAUUUAUUUGUAUAUUGAUUACUCCCCACAGUCUAUUGCCGGCACACAUGUAAAUGUUUUGGCUUAAGAAGUGCUAUGCUAUGUUAUUUUUCUGUUGCGUAGAGAUAUAUUUAAACAAACAGAAGGAUUUUUUUAAAAGUUUGGUUCUAUUUUAAGACCAGAUCUGAGUCCUUAAGCUGAGACGAGUAAAGGAAUAGCACAUGUAAAAAGCAAUAAGGAGGUUUUUUUGUUCUUGGAUCUGGUAUAAAUAGUUUCCCAUUUGUAAAACAUGUAAUUACCAGAGGUUCGUUGUGUAUAUAUUGUACAUGGUACAGAACGAUGGGGGAUGUUUCCAUUGCAUAGGGUUACAUACUGCAGCUCAUAUGCCAAUGAUAUGUUAAUAUCCCAUCUGUUUUAUAUCAUGUCAAAUAAACGUUGCCGUUUUAUUGAGGUAUUGUGUAUGAUUGUUUGUUUUCGGGUGAGUUAUUUGCUUUGAAACUCAAGACCCUCAGCCUGGAUGGUCGCUCCCUGAUGAAUUUGACAUGAUAUUUUUUGUCUGUUCACGGACAGUUUGGGCUGCCAUAAACACAGGAAAAAUAGGAAGUCUGUAGGACUCAAAGGUCAGACGUGGACAUUGGUAUUCUGAGAAUCGACCUGGCAAAUGUUACCCAAAAAAUUGUAAACUUGGAGCGCCCUCUUGUGGCACAUCUAAUACCAUCUCCUUGUUGAACACGGAUCGGAUCGUAUAAGUAAAGGCGCAUACAAAAACAUACAACAAAUCGAUUAAUUAAUUGUGUAAUAAGCACGUAUGUGUCUAUAUAAAAUGUUGCAUGAUCGAUCUUGGGGUAAUCUCAAUAAUAAAGAUAACGCGCAUAACAUACAAAAACCCACUUCUCUCCAUUCAGGCCAAAAACGGGGGGCCUGAUUCUGGUACCAUUAAUUAAAAUAACCAUUGUAAAUGUAGAUUAAUGGACAGGAGUUUCAUCGUUUUGUUCAUGCGACUUGACAGCUGUACUGGAGCGCUACACCCACGGCGCUGUUCAUAUUUCUGGUACACGUGGAACUGCUUGAUACUAUGUCAGCGAGUCCCCGCCUUCCGCCCCGCCGGACCAAUCAGAGAUUCGUGGGCGUUGUCCGGCCACGCCCCCUGUAAUACGACGGAGUAUGCAUA